ACUCAUAAAAGAAUAUUUUAAUUUGGUCCCUUCAAAAAUAUUUCCCGUUGAGGUGAAAGUGAAACUUAACCCAUUUUACCUCACAUGGACUCAUUUUUAACCCCUCUCUCUGUCUGUCCUGAGCUCCCUCUUCCUUUCCCUCUUUAGGUUUUAUCACCAUUUCAAUCUUCUCCAAUUCACAUAGCGGAAAAGUGAUUUAGUUCGUACUUUCCAUUGAGAUCUCGUAAGAGAUAAAGGAGAAAACGAGAAUUCUCCACCAAAUCCCAACUUCAAACACCUUAAUUGCUACGAUUUUGUUUGAAGAAAGAAUAAUUAAGGGGAAAAAUAUGCCUAGAUUGUUAUGACUUUCGUUUUGUUGAAAAAUGACCGGACAUACCUGGCCGCACGAUCGAGCUUCCUUCCGAUAUCAACCCUCCAGCAAUCGUCGUCGCAGCAGUAAAAAUAUAUUACAUCUGUUAGGGAAGAGAGAAGUCUCUCCUAGAACAAAAUAUGUACCAAAGAAGCAGUGGGGAGAAGCACCUAAACGAAUUGUCUAUUCUUCACCUUGGACUGAACCCAUUAGAGAUGCCAGACAUGGUAUUCUGUCAUGGGCUGAGGAAGAGUCUUUGCUGCAUUUAUCAGGCAAAUAUUGUCCUCUGGUACCUCCUCCAAGGUCAACAAUUGCAGCAGCUUUUAGUCCUGAUGGAAGAACACUUGCUUCUACCCAUGGUGAUCACACUGUGAAGAUUAUUGAUUAUCAAAAGGGAAAGUGCUUAAAGGUCUUGAGUGGUCAUCGGAGAACACCUUGGGUGGUUAGAUUUCACCCAGUGCAUCCAGAAAUUCUUGCAAGUGGGAGCUUGGAUCAUGAAGUUCGUUUGUGGGAUGCAAAGACUGCAGAGUGUUUAGGAUCUCGUGAUUUCUAUCGUCCAAUUGCUUCCCUUGCUUUUCAUGCAGAAGGAGAACUUCUUGCAGUUGCAUGUGGUCACAAGUUGUACAUAUGGGACUACAAUAAGAAUGGAGAGGGUUCGUCACCAGCCAUUAUAUUGAAGACACGACGAUCUCUACGAGCUGUACACUUUCACCCACAUGCUGCUCCAUUUCUCUUGACUGCUGAGGUGAAUGAUCUUGACUCUUCAGAUUCUUCAAUGACAAAAGCAACAUCGCAGGGCUACUUCCAUCAUCAUCCUCCUGCAGUUUUUGUGACAUGUGGUCAAUCUAGUGAUCAGGUCGGUUUGGCUGCUGAUCCCUCCCUGAUGUCAUUGCCUUGCAUGAUUGUGCCUUCAUUUUCCAUAGAUGAUUCGAGAAUGGAUUUGCAGUACGUUAGUAGGCUUGUUGGGUCAUCUGGUACGCAGGCUGGGCAUUCUCCUCCAAUGCAAUUUCAAACAGAUACAACAAUGGGAGAACAGUAUAAUAGCACAGCAUCUCCCAUGGAGGCAGUUCCUCCAAUUCCUUCUCACUUGUAUUCUGGUUCAGAGAAUCUUGUAAAUACCUCAGUUGCUUUUAGGAUGGAAACUGGUGCAGCCGAACCCUCUUUCAAUGCUAUGGUUACUGAUGAAAUUCAGCCUAUAAGGGAAACUGAGGAACCUAACUCUACUAACCGCAGUAGUUAUAGUAGUGCACAGAGGCGAGUGCCUAGACAUGUUUCUGAUCGACAAGAUGCCAGGGAAUUUCGGCCACUUCUGCAAUUUUUACCCUUGGGAGCUAUAUGUUGGGAGCUUCCAUUUCUGCAAGGGUGGGUAAUGGGUCAACAAACAACUUUUCCCUCAAUGCGUCCUCAUAGUGACACUGGUCACGAAAAUUUAACUCAAUACACAGGGUCUUCCUCGAUAUUGCGGCCUUUGGUCGGUAAUGUGGAGGCUGCCGCAUCUUCUUUGGGAAUAUCCAACAGUAUUAGCCAAUCCGGGGUUUUUGGAAGAAUUGGAUUGCAAAAUAUUUCACGGUCUCGCUUAGUUUCUGAAACUGGUGAAGUUCCUGUGCCUAGCAAUUCUCUGCAUGAUGGCACUGAUGCUGAACGAAUUAUAAGUCGACUCCAAUCUGAACUUGCCACAUCAAUGGCUGUAGCUGCGGCUGCCGAGUUGCCUUGCACGGUGAAGCUUAAAGUGUGGUCAUAUGAUAUAGAAAAUCCUUGUGCACUACUAAAUGUUGGCAAAUGCCGCUUAACCAUACCACAUGCUGUCCUUUGUAGUGAAAUGGGUGCACAUUUUUCACCUUGUGGGAAAUUUUUAGCUGCUUGUGUUGCUUGUGUGCUUCCUCAUUCGGAAGCUGAUCCUCGAUUACAGGCAUUGGUCCAUCAAGAUGGUGGGGCUGGAACAUCCCCAACUCGACAUCCAAUCUCAGCACACCAAGUCGUAUAUGAGCUUCGGAUAUAUUCCCUUGAGAAGGCAACCUUUGGUUCAGUGCUUGUUUCGCGAGCAAUUAGAGCUGCACAUUCUUUGACAUCAAUUCAGUUCUCACCGACUUCUGAGCACAUAUUACUUGCCUAUGGUCGGCGUCAUGGUUCUCUUCUUAAAAGCAUCAUAAUUGACGGAAAAACGACGUCUCCUAUAUACACAGUACUAGAGGUAUAUAGAGUUUCGGAUAUGGAACUUGUGAGGGUACUUCCUAGCGCAGAGGAUGAGGUAAAUGUUGCAUGCUUUCAUCCUUUCCCUGGAGGAGGUCUUGUGUAUGGAACCAAGGAAGGGAGACUGAGAGUGCUUCAGUACGAUGGUGCUCGAGACACCAAUCACAACACAUCAAAUUACUUCUCUGUAGAAAACACGGCCAGAGUAGAAUAGCAAGAGUAAGGUUUAAGUUAUUCUUCCUUCUUGUGGUAUGCCAAAUCCGAUGACCAUUUUUCAGAAGAAAACAUGGCUGCCAUAGAAUAGCAAGGUCGUCCUUAUUGUGGUAUUCAGGAUCUGAUUAACCAUUUUGGAAUUAAAAUGCCACUAUCCACUGAUAUUGCUGCAUUGUAACAACAGAUUACCCAUUUUAUCCAGAUGCUGGCUGGGCUUUUAACUAUUUGAAGUUAUUUGAGUUUACAAAUCAAUUUCUUAUAA